GGCUAAAGUGACCCGUCGGUCACCUUGUCGACCAAUACCUUUUUUGCUUUCCUCCCCCAUUUCUAACCCAAACCACCACUUUUGCCCGACCCGAACCGGCCCGGCCCGGCCGCUUUCCCCAUCCUUUAUCAGCACCACAGCUCUCUUUCUUUCCCCUCUCCUACAAUUCCUCUCUCUCUCUCUCUCUCUCUCUCUCUCCUGGGGUUCCCCCACUCCGCCAUGGCCAUAGAGCUCAUGAUGAACUACGGCGGCAGCAGCAGCAACGCGAGCUUCGUCACCAAAAUGGAAGAGUCGGCCGUCCAAGAAGCCGCCUCCGGCCUCGAAAGCGUCAACAAGCUAAUCCGCCUUCUCUCCCAGCAGCAGCAACAGACACAAGAUCAGAACCACCGCCGCUCCUCUCCCUCCUCCUCCGCCUCAGCCGACCCCGCUCCCGCCGUCGACAUCGAAACCGACUGCAGAACCGUCGCCGACGCCGCCGUCUCCAAGUUCAGGAAAGUCAUUUCCCUCCUAGGCAGCACGCGAACAGGCCACGCCCGCUUCCGGAGAGCCCCUGUCUCCGCCGCUUCUCCGUCGACGGAGCUGAUCCCCGCAAAUCUCAACCACCAUCACAGCCACCACCACCACCACCACCACCACCGCAGCGGCAGUGAAAUCCCGCAUCCCGAGAGCAACAGCAACGACAACAACAAGGUCUACUACGCGACGCCGAUCCAGCAGAUUCCUCCCUCGCCGCAGGAUUUCGGCCUCGCGGUUGUGAAACCAGGCGCAUCCGUGGACAGAAACGGCAAAGAUUCGUCCGCCACGACCAUCAAUUUCUCGUCCUACUCCUCCGCAGCGAACUCGUUCGUUUCGACGCUGACCGGAGAAACAGAGGGGAAGCCGCACCAGCACCAGCACCAGCAGCCUUCUUCCUCGUCGGCGUUCCAGAUCACGAAUCUGUCUCACUCGGCCGGCGGGCGGCCUCCGCUCUCCACAUCGUCGUUGAAGAGGAAGUGCAGCUCUGAGACUCUGGGAUCCGGGAAAUGCCUCAGCGGCGGCUCCUCCGGUCGCUGCCACUGCUCCAAGAAGAGUAGGAAAUUGAGAUUGAAGAGGGUGGUUAGGGUUCCGGCGAUAAGCCUGAAGAUGGCGGACAUUCCUCCCGACGACUACUCGUGGCGGAAGUACGGGCAGAAGCCAAUCAAAGGCUCCCCGCAUCCACGGGGUUAUUACAAGUGCAGCAGCGUGCGGGGAUGCCCGGCCCGGAAGCACGUGGAGAGAGCGGUGGAUGACCCGUCGAUGCUGGUGGUGACCUACGAAGGAGAUCACAAUCACAACACGCUGUCCAUUGCUGAGACUGCUAAUCUCAUCUUAGAAUCCUCCUGAAUUUCAUUAGCUUCUGUUUUAACCCUUUUUUUGGGUGAUGGAAGGAAGGAAUUAGAUAGCAAAACUGUAAUAGGGUUGGUUGGGUCGAGGAAGAAGAUGCAAGAUGAUGAACAAAUUCAAUGCUUUGUUUCUUUCUUUUUUGGUGGGUGCUGGUGAUCUCGAAGGAGAUCGUGGGAUCAGAAUCUGUAGGCUUGUAGUAGUAGCAGGGAAUGGAUAUUUUUGGGGGGUCUAAGUUCCCAAUUUGUGUCCAAUCAUUUCAUGUAAAAUAUUUAUUAUGGGGAUACUUUUGGUUUUGUUUUGUUUUUGGGUCGAUAAUGAGGAACCCAUAUGUUCUUUCUUGUGAUUUGGGGAAUAAAUUUGGUGGAAGGAAAGAUUUGAUGGAAUUUGGAUGAAGCAAAGCAAAGAUGGUGGGUGGUGGUGGUAGUGGGAUUUGGUGGUAGAUUCCUCAUUUCCUCCACCUCUCUCUAUUAGCAAUAACACUAGUAGGGAGAAAGUUGGAAGGUCUUGGGUAUUAGCAUAAAUGGUGUUUCUUUCUGCUCUUGUUAGUCAAGAUUUUUACUGAUUAUUAAGAUUUGUGUGAGCAACUAUUCAUUAUUCUUAUUUAGACUUGCUUUUGACAUGUAGAAAAUACUAGACACCUUUUAGACAAGGGAUUUUCCAAUGUUCAUAAGCACGAAUGUUUUGGGUAAGUUGAGUUUGUACUAAAAUAUUGUAAAUACAAGUUUUGUGUAUACCAUAAACGAAUUUGUACAAAAUUUGUACCAUAAGGAACAAUAGGGAAACUCUUUAUAUGUUUCGAUUCUCAUUAGCAAUUAUGUUUACUUUAUAUAAUGCUAUCUAUAUCCCAAUUUGACAAUUUGUCCAAGAACUGAUAAGCUUCCAAUUGUGCUCCUUUUGUUCAAAACACUUUUACUUUAAUUUGCUUUAUUUGUUAAUUAGACUGAGACCGAACGAAAGAUUCCAGCUUUGGUGGUGGCACUGUCUGGCUCUUUGAUUGAUACUUUGGCCCUUUUUUGUUCUUUUCAACCUGGGGAGUCGUUGUUUUUGAUCCUUGGAUGCCAACUUCCUUUUACUUUUUCAACGUUCUCCCAUGAAUAAUUUGCAGAGACCCAAAAAAAAAAAAAAAGUGUUUUAACAAAAAGAAAAAGUAAAGGAAGGAAGAGUGAUUUGGUCAAAGCAAGCAACUAUUCCCCUCUCUCUCUCACCAAGUGGAUCAACGUGUCGUGUGUGGUAGACUUGGUUGACUGGAACAUACCAUGAACGACAAAUAAUGUGUUUUCCUCUAAAAUUUAUAUUUACUUGAACAAUGAAAUGGAUGUUAGCGUCUGCCGGUUGGAAAUAUCCUAUAUUUAUUUAUUUAUUUAUUAUCAAAAUUAACUUUGUUACGAUCGAAUUAUUUUUAUUUUUAUUAAUCAUUUGAAAUUAUAAUUAAAAUAUUUUUGAAUU